CGUGUUUAUCAUGAAAUUUACCAGCAAAAAGAGCCUGAGAUCCCCUAAGAUCCCCAGGUUUUAGCCCUCUAGAUACCAUGGAAACGAGACAUAAACAGCGCUCUUCACGAUGGGCCUUAAGUAGCGUUUUUGGUGCAAAAAGGCAGCAGAAAAGGACUGAAGAAGAGGUAGAUCAUCCGUCAUCAUGUGUGUCAACCAGCACUCUUGGCAGCACAUCAAAUGUGACUGAUGCUAGUCAUGACAGCAAAUGUUCGUCACCUGCAAAGCGAUUCAGGACAUCGGCUUACUCACCAUCUUUUUCUCCUUCGAAAAGUCCUGCUCAACUGACUGCCAAUAGGCUUUUACUGAAAGCUUUGAAACCCAGCCCAAGCAAGAUACAAGCUAGAGGAAUUCAUGGUGAAUGGUCCCAUGACGAGACAGUAGCUCUUGUUCAAUUUAUUGCCAUGCACAGAGAACUGCAAACCAAUGAAGAAACUGAAUGGCCCAUGAUGAAACCGCCACAUAAUUAUUGGACAGAAGCUGCUAAGUACAUACAUGAUGUCACGGAAUCUGUAAAACGUCAAGCUGGAGGUAUACGCUCAAAGGUCAUAAAACUUCGAAAUGAAUAUGGCACUGUAGACAAUGCUGAGGAGAGAUUGGGGAUCACAGUGGACUCGUAUGUGGAUGGCACACGGCCAGCACCAACAGCAACACCGCCACAACUUUCUCUUCCGCCACCUCUCAAGGAUCUUGGCCACCUGACCCCACUUCAAAAGCAACAAUUAUCAGAGAAUUUAGUAAAAUCACUUCCAGAAAGCCAACUCCUGAAGCUACUGAAAAGUCAGAUCAGUAUCAAUACCUUUUCACACCAUUUUUUGAGUGACCUCAUCCAGACAUGCUUUAGAGCUGACAACAUGGGGGACCAUACAAGUGUGUUGGAUGAACUUUUUUUCUGCCACUUCUCCAAGCAAGCAGACAUUGGGGACCUUCCAGGUGCUGACUUUAUCACCCUGUCAGUUGAUGCAAUGAAGAAGCUGAAGUCGGUGGGGAAAUCAAAUCUUAUCUACAAGUGGCCAAGGUGUAUCUCAUUGAGGAGACCAAAAAGCGAGGAGUCUCUACUGCCACUGAAUAGAAUGCCAUUUGGAUUGAUUGAGUAUCAAAUAGACUUCUUCAAUGCCAAUCACGUGAACCAGGUAAAUAAGCGACUGUAUUUGAUGGGACAUCAUCAUAUCAUUGGAAUGAAACCUGUUAACAUGAGUCAUGCUGUUAUGCUGAUGGCGAUUGUUUUUUUUCAGGUGAAGGAGUCGAAAGAUUUUGCAUCGUGGAGAGAAACCCUUGAUGCGGAAUUAACGUUGCACCAAGACAAGUUGAUAACCGGUCCUAUGUGGAGUGGCCUACCGCACAAGGAUCUUGGAAAUCCAUUAAAGUCUCGAGUAAACCUUGCCUGCCGCAGUAAACAAACCGUACGCCGGAAACUUGCAAAAGUGGAGGGUGUUUCAACAGAACCUGAGAUUCAAAAAAACACCAUUCUGCAACUCAAAGAUGCAAACCCCGAUGGUCGCUUUUGGCUCAAAGCAGAUGGAGUAGAUGUCAAGCCGGCUCUCCAAGAAUCUAUGAAAGGGACAUGGAAUGGUGAUACCGAUAUUGGGGAUGGAAAAUUGCAGAAGCUGAGAGAGGACUACGACAACCGUAGAAGGGGAAUCGAAGACAUCAUUUCCAAUGACAGUCUCCAGCUUUUGCAUUCAGUCAAAACCAGUCUCGAAGAUGAUUCCGAGUUCCUCAACACUGGAGUAGAAAAUGCCAUCAAAAUCUACCGGAGCAAGUUCAACAACAAGAACACCCCUGAGGAAACUCUGAAGUCUCUCCAUUGGGAAGUGGUCGAGUACACAACUCUCCUCACCCAAAGUCAGCAGUUCAUCGGGAAUGUUGAGAAGAUUCUUGAACAGUACGCUUCCAACACCAUGACAAUUGGCGCUGCAAGGGACUGCCUCCGCAAAAUGAAUGCUGCUGACUACAAAACCUAUCUGAAGAAUCUGUUCAAGAAGAAGCGUCAGCCGCCUGCAUCUCAUGUACUCGUAUUCAUGUUGUCAGAUGAAAGACGAAAGAAGAAACCAUAUGCUGCCCCAGUUCAAUUCAUCCCAUACCACAGCAUUCGAGAUCAGUACAUCAGGGAUUUCAGCAAAGCAAUAAAGCAGGAAAUGGUUUCAAGUGGUCUUUGUGUAGUAGGUACUGUUACGGACGGUGAAUUCUGUUCCUUGCGCUCAAUGGGGGAAACAAGACCUCUUCAUUUAUGGCAGCUAGUUCAUGAUGCCAAGCAAGCGGUUUCCAGGAUGAACAAGCAAACACUCUUGGAGGUUCUGAUACCAACCAAUGUCUUCCAUGAUGGUGUCCCUGUGAUGAUCCGAGAAAAUGAGGUCGUCCCCGACACGCUCAAACUGCAGCUUCAUGAUCUUGUGCAUCAGCAACGGAUCCCAGAAGAAGAAGCUAUUGACCAAGUUCGCCAAGAGCUUGUCCCAGUGGGUUAUGAACCUUGUCCGUGGAGACCAAACUGCCCAGAGUCAUACUUGGAGAAAUUGCGCAGCAUACUGGGAACAAUGUAUUUCAGGAACAGUGUGGAAAGUUGGAGUAAUCGUGGAGUUGACUUCCGCCAUCAUCUGUACAUACCAGAAGUGGACCCAACUACCAACCAAGUCCACCACGAACGUGCAGAUCACUGCCACCUGUUGAAACGAAUUGCUGGUCAUACCCGAGAAGGCCGAUAUCCAAUGCUGGAGUUUGACGGUUUUGACGAGGCAAUGAGAGAUCCAGGAACUGGACUGACGUACGCUGCCCUGGUAGGAAAAAGGAAGCAAUCGGUAACAGAUGCCGAAAAGUUAUUGUCCUUCCCUGUUGCCAAAUUCCUGGAAGAAAACGGUUUUGAAAGUGCUGCCAAAUAUGUACACACCAUAGCCCAAUGGCAUGAGGGCAGUGAUGGGCGUGGCUUGUCACAGUUGCAGCGUUCAAGGUACAAUUACUUGACACUCAACUACAUCAUGGAUGAGUUAAUGCCUUGGCAUGCUGAGAGGAAUGAUUUGUCAACAAUCGACAUCAAUCGCCCAUGGAACUCAGUUCGAGGUUUCUCUCGUGAGACGCUGAUUGAAGUGACCACGAAUAUUGAGAGCCAAGAAUACAGAAGACGAGAGAAUACCACCAUUGGCUAUUCGGAGCACCCAAGGGCAGGAACAACAGAUGAUGUCGAGGCGCUGUUUUCUAUAUGUCAUCGUCACCUUGGCGAUACCUUCACCCUACAGGACUUCAAGCACAGAUGGAUGAAAUUGGUCAACGAGUUCAACAAGAGGAUGGACCACAAUCUUCCUUUCUACUAUUGGACUUUGAAUGAGCGUUUCAAGCUUGAGCAGGAGAGCUUCGACCAGCGUCCAGAUUUUGAUGAAAAUGAGGUUGAUGUCACACGCCAUCCACUCAGACUUCAUCGCUUGAGACUGUCAUCUCGAGAGGACAGUUCCAUUUUCUCAGCUGGACGAUCAUUUCUACCAGCCAAGAACCGGCCAUCAGUCCGUCAGCGAUUUCAUAGACUCGAAGUCGGCCUUCCUCCUGUUCCAGAGGACCAGCAAAUCAGAUUGCAAGAUUUAGAAUAAAUGGAUAGAGGCAAACUUGGGCACCACACUAUCCUCCUGGCUCCCAUUCUAACUGGGUAUGGGGGCAAAUGUAUCAUGGACAAUACUAAUUGGGGAAAACGGCAAAAAAUGAUAACGAUGAAAUGAUAAUAUUUGAAGGAUGAAGUGAUUAUAUUUGAACAAUAUACAAAAUAUUA